AUGGUCAGUUUCAUUCCAUUUCAUAAUGUGUGCAUGCUCUCCGACACUACGGCUAUCGCCGAGGCCUGGUCCCGCCUGGACUACAAGUUUGACUUGAUGUACGCCAAGCGCGCCUUUGUUCACUGGUACGUCGGAGAAGGAAUGGAAGAGGGAGAGUUCACUGAGGCUCGUGAAGACUUGGCAGCUCUCGAGAAGGACUACGAAGAGGUCGGAGCUGAUUCCAACGAGGGAUUGGAAGAAGACGGAGAAGAGUAUUGAAAUGUUCACUGUUAAAUACUUAUGUAUCAUAAAGUGUUUAAAUUA